AUGGACAAGCUGGUUGAGGCAACGUUGCCGUUUGGCCUAAUACCACCAGUGGUCAUGGAAUUCAAGGGCAUAACUGCUGGCGGCGGUUUUAGUGGAACUGGAGGUGAGAGUUCAAGCUUCAAGCAUGGCUCAUUCGAUUGCACUGUCGAUUGGAUUGAGAUUGUGCUAGCUGAUGGAGAAAUUGCGAAGGCUUCUCCUGAAUCGAAAGCGGACCUGUUCUAUGGUGCAACCAGCUCGUUGGGUACGUUGGGGGUAACAACCUUGAUGGGAAUCCAUCUCGUCGAUGCGGAGCGAUAUAUUGAAACCACAUACACUCCGUGCAAGUCACUAGAAGAGACCCUGGAGAAGACAAAGACUGCUAGUAGUGAUCUUGAGAACGACUACGUGGACGGUUUUCUGGUCUCCCUGCACAGAGGUAUCGUAGUCACUGGUCGUCUAACUUCUUCUAUAUCCCGUGAAACGCGCAUACAGAGAUUUCAAGGUCCUCGGGAUCCUUGGUUUUAUAUGCAUGCGGAUCGGACGACACAANAAGCUGGUGGACCAGUUAAAGAAGCUGUACCUUUGGCCGACUAUCUCUUCCGUUAUGAUCGUGGUGCUUUCUGGAUGGGCAAAUACGCCUUCAGUUAUUUCAUGGUUCCCUUCAACCGCAUAACUCGAUGGGCUCUGGACGACUUCAUGCAGACAAGCACAAUGUAUCAUGCUCUACAUGCCAGUGGACACAUGCAGCAGUAUAUCAUCCAGGAUCUGGCCAUCCCUGCUGCGAGCGUCAAGGACUUCAUCGUUGCAGUCGACAAGACAUUUGGGUUCUACCCUCUAUGGCUGUGUCCAAUGAAGCCAUGGACGCAACAAUCUUCUUUCCAUCCGCAAGCCAUUGAGACUGAUCUUCUGAUUAACGUCGGUGUUUGGGGUCCAAACGGAGCGAACAGUCCGGCAGAAGUGGUCCAGCGAAACCGCCAGUUGGAGAGUCUUGUUCGACAACACGAAGGCAGAAAAUGGUUAUAUGCUCAAGCAUUUUAUUCUGAAUCAGAAUUCUGGAGCAUCUACGACGAGAAAUCAUAUCGUGAGCUGAGGAGCAAGUACAAGGCCGAGCAUCUGCCUAGUGCUUUCGACAAGGCUUGCGUGAACAGUAAUGGCGGAAAUUCUAAUGGCUGGGCCGCUUGGGCCAAGCAGAAGGUAUGGUCUAUUUGGCCUAUAUCUGGCGUGUACGGAGGUUUGCAGACAUUGGUCAGCAAAGAGUAUCUACUCAAAAAGUGA